CUUUUUAAAAUUUAUUUAUUUAUUUUGGGAUAGAGAAAGAGAACCAGCAGGGAAGGGGCAGAGAGCAAUGGAAACAGAGGAUCCUAUGUGGGCUCCGUGAUGACAGCACCUUUGUCUCAUGUGGGGCUGGAACUUGAGAACCAUGAGAUCGUGACCUGAGCCGAAGUCAGAUGCUUAACUGACAGAGCCACCCAGGUGCCUCCUGACUUAUUUCAUUUAGCAUAACGUCCUCCAGGUUCAUCCAAGUUCUUGUAAAUGACAUUCCCUAAUUUUUAAAGGCCAAAUGAUAUACCAUUACACACACACACACACACACACACACACACACACACACACAUGCAUUUGUUUAUUUCACCACAUGGAGCCAGGAACAGUGGUGAUUCUACAAGUUUCUGGGUCAUAAUGGUCUAAUAUAUCAGACACAAUUGAAAGAAAACUCAUGGAAUUUUACCCUUCACACCAGAUUACAGCAGAGGGACACGGUGUACCAGGCUCUAGACUGGAAUUUAAUGUGCAAAUGAUACAGCUUCCUGGAACAAACCUGAAGAGUCCGUGGUGUCCCAAGAUAGGGCAGUGAACACAAAAUCUGCUUAGCUUUUAAAAAAAAAAAAUCUUUAUUUUUGAGAGAGAAUAAGUGGGGGAGGGGCAGAGAGAGAGGGAGACAGAGGAUCCCAAGCCGGCUCUGUGCUGACAGCAGAGACUCAAAUGCGAAUGCGGGACUCCAACUCACAAACCAUGAGAUCCUGACCUGAGCUGAAAUCAAGAGCCAAAGGCUGAACCGACUCAGUCACCCAGAAAGCAAGAAAGUGGGGAUGUCGCUUACCAGAAACGGAGAGGCGGAGAAAGCCAGGGCCGAGUUCGCACCUGAGCAGCAGGCGGCAGGCAUACGAAUCAAGGAGGAAGAAGACAGCGGCGACGACGGUGCUGGUUAUGGCCACAGCAAUGGCAGAGAAGGGGCCGGCAACGUGGGCGCUGGAUAUCCGUGGCCCCCGGGCUGCGAAACCCGCGAUGUGGGCUGCGGCCGCAGUCCACGGCAGUGGGAGCAGGUGGAGCCGAAGCAGGAGGAGCGCUUGCCCCCCUCCGCGCCUCCCGCUCCGGCUCCGGCUCGGGCUCCUGCUCCCGCUCCCGCUCCGGGAGGGAGGCAGCCGGCGGGCCCCCGCAUCAUGUUCACCCCGCUGCAGGUGCGCCACCUGGAGAGCUUGUUCCACUACACCCAGUAUCCCAGCACUACCAUGCGCCAGGAACUUUCGAGAUUCAUGAAUGUGCCUGUAGCCAGACUGCAGGUUUGGUUUAAGAAUAGGAGGGCCAAGUUGAGAAGACAGCAGAGGGCACUGAGGUACAGAAACAUGCCUCCCAUGGCCAUGGCCCCCCCUUUCAACUUUAACGUGGGUGGACCCUACCGUGGCAUCUUCAAUCGGGGGCCAGAUUGUGUAUGGAUGCCUCAGGAGCCAAUGAUGCCGGGGCCACCUCGCCCGCCCAUGCAACCCUUUCCUCCUAUGUUCCUGCCUCCUCCUCCCUGGUUGCAUCCACCUUUCCCUCCCUGUGGCUUCCCUCCACUGUUUCGUCACUGUGGCUGCCCUCCACCUUUCCCUCGCUAUGGCUGUCCUCCUAUGGCCCAUCCUGGUGCGGUACCACCCGUGGCUCUUCCUUAAUCCUUUUCCCAAAGAAUGGGAUCUGUGACAGUUUUUUUCCGAGAUGUUUUUGAGCCAGAUUCAAGUUUCUGUAUCUGUCGCCAAUAACGAAUAGUUCAUUAAAUGUGUGCUGAAUGUAUUAAAGAGAAGUCAAAUUCACUGACCCUCUAUUUUAGGGCACUUUUUACGUUUUCAAUAAAGUUGUGAAUUCUCUACAA